AUGACUUCAACUACUAGUAGUAUAGUUAUUAAAGAAUCAAAUAUUGAUGAAUUAUUUCAAGCGUAUUCAUUGAUACCAGAGUUUAAAACUGGUGAUUCAUUAUUAUAUAAUAUUGAAUCGAUCAAGGCAAGACUAUCGACGAAACAACAUUGCAAAUUGUUGGUAGCAAUCGAUCAGACGAUACAAGAGAUUGCAGCAUUCAAGGUUGGUUAUGGUGAAGAUGACAAAAGUACAUUCUACAUAUGGCUCAGUGGAACGACUCCUUCCUACAGAAGGAGAGGAAUAGGUGAACAACUACUCAAAGCACAAGAACAAUGGGCAAAAGAUCAACACUACACAACCGUAAAGAUUAAAACUAGAAAUUGUUUCAAAGGAAUGUUGUUAAUGUUGAUUAAAUCUGACUAUCAAAUCAAAGAAUGUAUAAAUAAUCAACAAGAUGAACAACAAUCUAGAAUUGUAUUAGAUAAAAGAAUCAAUUAA